CGUCUCGACCGCAGUCGUAGCUCGGACGUCGGCCCAGCGAGAUCCCUCUCGAAUCAUGAUGGAGCUCGAACUCCUGAGAUACAAGGCCUACACUCAGAACGUCAUCUGGUUUUUGAAGCUGGUGGGACUCUGGCCUGAAUCAGAUCCGCUGCCCAAAAAGAUACUUUCCACGAUAACGCUGAGCUCUAUUCUCGUGGUCGUGGUGACCGUGUCCAACUUUAGCUUCCACAAUCUUAGCAACAUCGUGGUGUUCACCAGUGGCAUGUGCAUGGCUGCCAGCUCAACCUCGGCUUUCUCGAAGGAACACUGCAAUAUUUUGUUCGCAAAGAUUGCCAUGUUUCUGCUGCAUCGAGAGGACGUCGUCUAUCUGAACAAAUAUCUGAGCGGAGGCUUCAUGCGCGACAUGAGAGAGCCGAAUAACCGGCCAGACCUUUUGAACAACGUCAAAACUUUCGACAGAUUAAUGGUUACGCACGUGAUCUGCGUUGCCAUCGCCCUGUUCACGUACAGCAUCCGGCCUCUGCUCGUUCUGCGAAAGCACGGCAAGUACAUUCGCUCCUUUCCUGCGAUCUAUCCGUUCGCCUACGAGCCAGGCGGACUGGUGCACUGGAUCCUCUACGCCGUGGAGGUAUCGGGUACCGCGUCUCUUUGGACGGUGACGAUCGGGGUCGACUGUAUUUUCGGGGUCUACGCGCUCCAGGUGUGUGGCGAGCUGAGGGUUCUAUCGCGAAAAUUCCGAGAGCUCAGGGCCAGCGACAACUACAAAGAGAAGCUGAGGGAUUGCAUCCAGAGGCAUCACGUGCUGAUCAACGCGAAAAACAAGCUUGACAACAUCUACGGUUUGAUCUCGAUAUUGCUCAUUACGUCCGCUACACUCGUGCUUUGUUCGCUUGUUUUUCAAGUUAGCGAGUUGAUAAAAACCAACAGCUAUUUACGUGUGGCGCAUCUCUGCGUCUAUCUUAUUCCCAAGUUUUUGCAAAUUUUCACGUAUGCGUGGUACGGCAACCUUAUAGCCGAAGAGAGCGGAGCAUGCCUGGAUGCUAUGUACGGCUCGCACUGGACGGAUGCUUGUGACAAGAAUUUUAAAAACGACAUCCUCAUAGUUUUGGCACAGGAACCGUUCGCCCUCGUAGCUAUGGGCUGCAUGGUUUUACAGUUGGACUUGUUCGCAAAAACUGUCAAGACCGCAGUGUCGUACUUUUUUCUGCUUCAAACAUUGAACGAAAAAAACGAGUAAAAGGAACCACGACGGGCAUAUGUAUUGACAUAGUGAAGUUUAUUUGUUGAAAUUUUGAGAUUAAUUUUAAACGUAUAUUAUAAUAUAGAUAUAUAGAAGAGAAAACAAUGUUGCUGAUCAACUAGUUAACCAUCUAUACUGAUCGAGAUUCUCGUAUUGUGAAUGGUCAAUAAAUUGCAACAUAUCUUUCCUCCUCGAAA